CACAUGCUACCGCACUGACCACCGCACUGACCAGUGCCCGAGCACCGUGCGCGCUGCGGAAGCGUGUGCUGCGCACGGGCACACCGCUGACUCAUGCUCCGAUCAUCCUUCUGUCAACAGCGCUGUCCCGGAGCUGCGCUGUGCCCGCCCGUCGGGCGGUGCCUCCUCGCUCCAGCGUGUGGAGCAGGAAAUGCGCCUGUGUUUGUGGGUGUCGUGUAGAGAGCGGACCUCCCUCUUCCGUGUGACCGAGCAGCAGCCGGUCUGAGGCGCACAGACGAGUCCUGCGCUGCGCUCAGAGGAUCCAGGCACAGGCCGUGUUCGCCCUUUGCGCUUAGCCGCGACGCGUUGGUCCAGAGCCGUGAGGACAGAACAGAAUGCCCGUGAAAGGAGGCGGAAGGCUGGCCUCUUACCCCAGCAAAGGCGACAACAUCGGGGGCUCAGCCAUGGAGGAGACAGUGUGGGAACAGUACACAGUCACUCUGCAGCGGGACCCAAAGAUGGGCUUUGGCAUGGCGGUGUCUGGAGGGCGGGACAACCCAAACGUGGACAGCGGGGAGACCUCCAUCAUGGUGUCAGAUGUCCUGCAGGGGGGGCCGGCGGACGGGCUGCUCUUUGAGAAGGACCGGGUCAUUCAGGUCAACGCUAUCUCGAUGGACAACGUGCCUCAUUCCUUUGCUGUGCAGUCACUUCGCAAAUGUGGCAAAGUGGCCAAGAUCACAGUGAAGCGUCCCCGGAAGGUGCCACUCCACUCCCUGAAGCCGCCCCCCUCCCCUGGUGCCCAAAGCCAGGACUACCCUCCUACGCACUACUACGACACAGACACCGACAGUGCCUGGUACCGCGAGCAGAGAGAGCCCUCCGAUGAGUACAGAGGAGGGCGGGGCCGGAGCCGGGACAGGCGCUCCCCUAGCCCUGAGCGGCCACGACGGGAUGGCAGCCGAGGACGUGCCCUUGACACCAGCGCAGAGCGCCACAGGUACCCCAGCAGGGGGCGCAGCCCAGGGGACAGCUAUGACCGCGGAGGGCGAUACAGGAGCAGAGAGGGACUCAACGAUCCCUCCCCUCCACCCCGCGACCUGGAGCCUCUGGACAAACCCAUCAACGUCAUGCUGGUCAAGAACCGUCCCAGUGAAGAGUAUGGCCUGCGUCUGGGGAGUCAGAUCUUCAUCAAACAGAUGACCAGCAGUGGGCUCGCUGCCAAGGAUGGGAAUCUACAGGAGGGAGACAUCAUCCUCAAGAUUAAUGGGACGGUGACUGAAAACCUGUCUCUGCACGACGCAGGGAAGCUCAUCGAGAAGUCUCGGGGGAAACUGCAGCUGGUGGUGCAGAGGGACCAGAGGCAGAUCCUGGUGCGCAUACCCCCCCUGGCUGACUCUGACUCAGACAACGAUGACAUGUCUGAACUGGAGUCAUACCAUUCAUACUCCCCUCCAGAGGGCAGGAGGUCACACCAGUCGGACCUGUCCUCCCACUCCUCCAAUGACAGAGACAACCCCAGGGAUGAGCUGACCACAGCCGCUGACCUCUCCACUGUGAGCUCCCCCUUCAGAGGACCAGAGCCCAGGGCCCCCGAGCAGAACCAGCCCAGGCACACCCCCGUGGAGAGCCAGCCUCCUGCGUCUGUGACUAACACACCCAAGAUUCUGCUCCGGCCAAGCCCCGAGGAGGAAAAGCUGUAUGGGUCCAACACAGUGAUGGUGACCUUCCAGAAGGGGGACAGUGUGGGACUACGGCUGGCUGGGGGGAACGACGUGGGCAUCUUCAUUGCGGGGGUCCAGGAGGGCAGCCCCGCAGAGGAGGAGGGCCUGCGCACCGGGGACCUCAUCCUCAAGGUGAACCAGGUGGACUUCCAGGGCGUGGUGCGCGAGGAAGCUGUGCUCUUCCUCUUGGAGAUCCCCAAAGGAGAUCUGGUCACCAUCCUGGCCCAGAGCAAACCGGAUGUGUAUAAUGACAUCCUGGUGUCAGGCCGGGGGGAUUCUUUCUUCAUCCGCACACACUUCCGCUACGAGAAGGAGAGCCCCCAGUGUCUGGCGUUCGGCCGUGGCGAGCUUUUCAAGGUGGUGGACACGCUGUACGACGGCAAACUGGGCAACUGGCUGGCCAUCCGCGUGGGCAGAGACAUGCAGCUGCUGGAGAAGGGCAUCAUCCCCAACAAGAGCCGGGCGGAGCAGAUGGCCAGUGUGCAGUCGUGCCAGCGCGGCCUGCCUGCAGACAGGGCUGACUUCUGGAGGCUCCGGGCCCAGCGCUCCAUGAAGAGGAAGGAUGUCCGGAGGAGUCGAGAGGCCCCACCCACCGCCACGCCUUUCCCCGCCUACGAACGCGUGCUGCUGCGGGAAGCGGGCUUCCGUCGGCCUGUGGUUCUCUUCGGGCCCAUCACAGAUGCUGCCACCGAGAGGCUGGCCGCAGAGAUGCCCGACCAGUUUGUCAUCGCGAAAACGGAGCCCAAAGACGCUGGGUCUGAGAAGUCAUCAGGUGUCGUACGUCUCAACACUAUUCGACAGAUCAUUGAACAGGAUAAGCACGCACUGCUGGAUGUCACCCCCAGAGCAGUGGACACUCUAAACUACAGCCAGUGGUACCCCAUCGUCAUCUUCUUCAACCCGGACAGCAAGCACGGCGUCAAAGCCAUGAGGCAGCGGCUAGUGCCCAACUCCAACCGCAGCGCGCGCAAACUCUAUGAGCAGGCCCUCAAAUUGAAGAAGAGCUGUGCGCACCUCUUCACCGCCAUAAUCGACCUGAACUCAGCCAACGACGCCUGGUACGGCAGUUUGAAAGAGACCAUCCGCGAGCAGCAGGCGCAGCCUGUCUGGGUCUCUGAUGGCAAGCUGGAGGCAGUAGAGAGUGAGCUGGAGAGCGCAGAUGUGGAGCGUCUGUCCUUCCUGUCCGCCAUGUCAGCUGACUACCUGAGCAUGGACAGCCGCCUGACCUCUGACCUCGAUGACACAGCAGACGAGGGUGGAGUCUACACGGACAACGACCUGGACACGGAUGCCAUGCAGGUGUCCGCCAUCAGCCGCUCCUCCGAACCCGUGUCUGCUGACCAGAUACUGCGCAGGUACAGCCCAGAGAUCCGCUUCCGCCUGAAGAAGAUGUGCAGUGGAGACCUGCUGACCAGAGCCCACAGUCCUCCAGCCUUCCCCUCGGACAGCAAGGCGGCACUGCUCUCAGGGCGUCCCCUUCAGCACCAUCCCCCUCCCCCCAGCUAUGACUCCCCGUCUAGCAGCAGCCCGUCCAGCAGCACCGAGCCCCAGACGCACACUGCCUACGGUCCCCCACCACCUCUGCCCCCCACCGUGUUCUGCAGCUCCUUCAGGACACCACCACAGCCCCAGGCAAGACCACCCCCAGGACCCCUGGCAGGACCCCGGGCAGGACCCCAGGCAGGACCCCAGACUGCCCCAUCCACAGAGACGACCCCGCCCCCUGCCACACUGGAGGGGCUGGAGGACGACAGCUCAGACGUAGACCCCUCCACCCGCUCAUUCCAGGGGAAGAUCCGAGCGUUUGAGAAGAUGGACCACAUGGCCCGAGCUCAGAGGCUGCUCCAGCUGCAGGAGGCGCACAGGGCUCGGCAGGAGAUCGCUCAGAAACACCCAGAUAUCUACGCCGUUCCUCUAAAGACACCCAAACUGGACCACAGUCGCCCACAGCCCAUCGGGUAG